AUGCUGCUGCAGCUGCGGCUGGUGGGCCCCCCAGGGCGCCAGGAGCUAAACCAGGCGUUCCAGAGGCUGGUGCAUCACCCCAAGUUGCCUCCAGACGGGCCCGCGAAAUCCGCGUUCACAGGCGCAGGCAUCGAGGCCCUGGUUGAGGCUGAUGCUGCCAGGCCUCCUGCAAGGCCUGCCUUGCCCGUGCCGUCCACCGCAGAACUUGCGAGGCAGCUUGCGGACAUGGAGAAGGCUCAAGCGGAGACCCUGAGACUCUUGCCUACAGACCAGCCGCCCGCUCGAAGAGUGGCAAGGCCUUCACAUGCCGAUCCUGAUCACUUCUCCUUCAGGGGCUGCGACUGGCAUCGCCAUGCUGGGACGUUCCUCGGCGAGCAUUUGGGCGCAGGCCUGGAGAGAAGUUUAGUGGAUGCGCAGGAGAUGUGUGCAGAUGCAGGUGCUGCCUGCGCCGGGGUCACCUGCGCGGCACCGGCGACCCGCUGCACAGCUCGCCGCGGCCUUCCAUACUUGGCCAAGUCGCCCACGCAGCAAGAGGUCUCGUUUACGAAGACCUGCCCUGACUUCGAAACUGCACCACCAACCGCGAGAUCGACUCCCUCAUCGCCAACGCAGGGGGCAGUGACGGAACCUGCGAGAGCUUCUCAGCAGGCCUUAAGGCCCGAGGAGCUGCCUGUCGUCGUGAUUGCGCACAACCGCCCAGACUGCCUGGAAAAAUGCUUAAAGGCGCUGGCCGAGCUGGAGGAGGUGCAGCAGGUGCGUGUGGCGGUCUCUUUGGACGACCCUGCAUCUUUUGGGACCAUGGAGGCCGUAGUCCACAAAUUCAUGAACAGCUUUGCAGCUGAAAUUUGGCACAAAACCGCGUACGUCGGAGACCGCGGGCCCUUGCAUAGCAACACUGCCGUUUCGAAGAUCUCGGAGCACUUCCGGUUUGCUCUCGCAGAGAGCUUCGGUCGCCGCGGCUUCGAGUUCGCUGUUUUUCUGGAGAACGACCUCCUGGUGGCGCCGGACUUCUUGUGGCUCUUCCGAGCUUCCGCUUGGCUGCUGAAGGAGGACCCCUCCUUGUUUUGCGUUUCAGCUUGGAAUGACAAUGGCGUUCCCAGCCUCGUCUCCAACGAAAAGCGGCUCUUCCGUACGGAUUACUUUCCGGGACUUGGGUGGAUGAUCCAAAACACAACCUGGAGCCUUCUGAAGGAGGAGUGGCCGCGUUUCCCCAGCACAGGCUGGGACCAUUGGCUGCGGCACGGCUCUGGGCUGUUCCCACGGGAGUGCAUCGUGCCGGAGGUGUCCAGGACACAUCAUUUCGACACGCGUGGCACGAACGUGAAAGCUGGCUCAUCCAUGGCCAAGAAGCUGAGCGGGAUGUCGACGAGCAAGCUGAAGCCCAAAGAGCUGGGGGAUCUCAGCUACCUCCUGAGUGAUCGCUACGAGGAGGAGCUCCGCGCCAGCCUGCAUCAGGCCAUUGAGAUCACGGAGCAGAACCUGCCGGCCCUGGCAAGGAACCAGGUUUACCUGCUGCCGUUUCUGCGCCGGGACUACAAGAAGCUGGCGGCCAGGCUGCAGCUCACAGAGGCGCAGCCACGCACCGGGCACCGCGGGGUCAUCGACACGAGGGACCCCCGCAGCGGGGCCAGACUCUUUCUCGUCGACCGUGCCAAGAGCUCGAACCUUCCGGUCGCUCAAAAGGCAGCACCUCAUGCCAAGAGGCAAGUGCAAAAGGCUGCGCCCGCAGAGUCCUGCGAGGCCUUCUGCAACAGAAACGGCAUGCACUGCUCUGAUUUGGAGCUGGAGUUCAUCAACAACUGCGCCACGCUGAGACAGCAUUUCCCUUGCGAAGAAGGCUGCGGUCAUCAGGUUGGGCAGGAGAUCCCCUGCUAUGUCCAUGACGCUCAGAAAGACACUGGCAAGCAGUGCCUGGUGACGGACGAUGCGAUACCACUUUGCUCCGCCAAGAAUGCGGCCACCACGCGGCUGUGCUCCUGCAUUCCGAGCUGA